CUCGUCGCAAUUGUGGCAUUUAUAGUUUGAAUACCUUUGCCUGGCUGGCAAGUUCGAUAUUGUUCUGAAUUCGUGGGCUCACACUUGAUCAACUCUCUUCCCUAUUCCUCUACUAAUUUAUCAAUGACAACGUCUCAAUUGACCAUGGACAAUGCUAAUGUUUACAGCAAAUUUCUUGCGAUCAUAGACUCAGAGUCGUCUCUAGUCUUGUGGAUGGCUUCGGCCGAGGUGGACCAGAAGGCCUUGGGCAACUUUGCCGCCAUAACAAGCCUGGAAAAUCCGUUCUUGUCUGCUAUGCUAUACAAGAUUCUAGGUCUCUCGGUGAUGCUAUCGAAGAAACUCCUUCGCGCGCGACGGCUACGGCGACUAGACCCUUCUCGCGAAACCAAGUCGCUCCAGCUGUACCACCAUAUUAUAUGGCUCUCACGGGAGGGCCUGCUGAUUCUUGAAGAAUUCGUUCUACCCAUGGUAGACGCCCAUGUUGAGUUAAAAAUUCUAGCCUACAAGCUCAGAGCUUCGUUCUACCAUAUAUUUGUCUUGUUCCAUAAUCAACCCGCCAUCCACUCACCGGGGAUUCUCAGCCUUUCCAGCAACGCAACUGUGUCCGGCGAACCAUCUGAGCCGGACACACCAACCAGGGAGCAAAAAUCGCGAUUCUCAUUCAGGUCGAAAGCAGAUGUCAUUUCAGUACCGGAACGGUCACCAGACUCUUCGAACCACACAUCUCGAGUCAAGAUCCCCCCGGUCCAAGUUCCUCCUGGUUUAGCGCCGGUUCAACCUCCGCAGACGACGUCCUCCUUUUUGUUACCGGCUCUCGAUUAUACCCCGACGGCUACCGCCUGCUUCAAUCACGCGGCUCUUUUGGCAGAGCAAUUUCUUCCAGGGUCUCACCCUCUGCGCUUAUCCAUCAAGCUCGAAUACGCCGCCUAUCUCUACGAUUGUCUGCAGGACUCUAAUGCCUGUCGGAAGUUAGCGAAGCAAGCCAUCGCAGAUGUCUACAAUGCCCAGGAGGGGAUGGACGAUGAAAGUUUCGAGGAUGCCGCAGAGAUCGUCGGAAUUCUGGGUAAGAUGGUGAAGCGCGGGGCUAAGAAGAGCAGCCAUGGAGGUAGCACGACACGUAGCCUGACCCCGAAAGGCGAAAGUUCACGAAGUGACGAAAAUCGAACUCCGCCAUCCAAGAAGACUGCAUCCCGUCUCGUCAAGACCACGACACCACCGACCACGACGAUCACAACGCCCAGGACCCCCAAGACACCCAAGUCGGCCCAGAAUGAAUUACCCCCCGCUGUUCCUCGUCCGAAUAUGAUAAACCCUAUUUGAUACCCGAUACCCCAUCCAUGAAUAAUAGUGUAUAGGUUUGACGAGAGUUGCAGCGAUAUGUUUAUGGUGUGAUGGGUCGUCGGUAACUAGUUUUGGAUUUUUUCCUCCUAUGUAUCUUCUAACAUUCUUGUAUUUUGUUCUGUCUACAUUCUGAGGACGUCUGACUGCUGAUAUUCUUUUGUAUUUUUUUUUUUUUU